AUGAUUGGCAGCGGCGGGCAGCAAGCACUGGGUCCUAGGGUGGCAGCGUCGGCCAAGCUGGCGGCGCGGUGGCCCCGCUCCCGCUCGCACCCGCGGCGCGACCGCGGCCGCUGGCACUCUCGGCUGAGCCGAUCUCGCGCGUCCCUGCCGCCCACCCCGCCGCCCGCAGCGUCCCUGCCGCACCCGCCGCUACCGGGGUUACCGCCCGGCUUGAGUUCCGGACCUCCGCCGCCCUCGGCGCUCGCCCUAGCUGAGCUGCCGCCGCUGCCUGCCCUCCCGCUGCGCCCGGAGCUGCUGGCGCCCUGGGGCCCCGGGGUCCACCUGGCUCUGCCAGAGCUGCCGCCCGAGGUCUGCGCGCCCGCGCCGCCAGCAGCCGCGCUCGCCCUGCAGGAUCUGCCGCGUCUGCCCGCGCCCGCGCCGCCGCCCGCGCACUUGCCACUACCACCGCUUCCGGAAGCCGCGGUCGCCGCCACCCCCGGACCGGUGGGUGCUCGCGGCCGGCCCCCGCUGCUCGCCGAGCCUCCCCCGCAGCCACUGCCGCCGCUGCCCGCGCGACCCUCACCCUUCACCCUGCUGGCGCCGCCGCUCCCCCGCGAGCCCUGGCCGCUCCCCGCGUUUCCCCCGCCGCUGCCGCCGCCGCCCCCGCCGCCCUACUUCUUCCUGUCGCCGCCCUGCUGACCGCCUGGCUCCGCGGGGGCUGCAAGCGGGGAGCCUGGGCUGAGGUAACCAGGUGGAUGGCAGACCUCUUCAGCACUCAGGAGUGGCAUCAGGAAGCCAGCCCUGACCUUGGGGGACCUCUGAAAGCCCAGGUCCCAUCAGCGAGAUCAAUUAGUUUAUUAGGUUCCUGUGACUGAAAUAACAAAUUAUGUGAACCGAGUAGCCUGAGACAGCGGGAAUGUAUUCUCCUCACAGGGCGGUGGCCAGAGAUCUAAACUAGGACCCGCAGUGGCCGCAGCAGCCUGAGACAUGGCCUCCCCUUGCCUCUCUUCAGCAGGUCCUUGCAUGGGCUGGGAAAGGAAUUCCUUUGCGUCAGCCGCUAAGGGCAUUGCCUUUCUUAAAUCUGAGUUGACUUCAUGUUGAGAUCCUCCAUCAAGCAUGUUUGCAAAGAUACUUUUAUCAGCCGGAUGUGGCAGCAUGGUCCUUUAAUCCCAGCACUUGGGAGGCAGAGACAAGUGGAUCUCUGAGUUCAAGGCCAGCUGGGCCUACGUAGUUUCAGGCUAGCCAGAACCAUAUAGUGAGACCUUUGUAAAAGCAAACCAGAGACACUUGUCACAUGAGGUGUCACGGCCAAGCUCCAUCACCAUCUGGUUCAUACAAGCCAAGCCCUCUCUACAGGCCAGGCUGCCUUUGAACUCAGAGUCCGAAUGCUCUGAUGUGGAUUGGAGGAUUGGGCUCUGGCUUACUUAGGCUUGUUUUUCCACUCUGUCUCACCUUCUGUCUGUCUUCUCAGAACUUAACUGUUUUCUAGGCCAUGUCCUUCGCUGACCUGGGCCCUCGAGUGGUCUGAGAGCCCGUGGGCAAUAGUAGCUGACACACUAUCCCCGGUACAGGGAAAAAGUAACAUGCCUGCUUUUCCUAGUGCCCAGCUUUCUACUCCCCUCUCUUCCUAGGGCCUCGUUUCCACCUGGUCCCCACCCUAUUGUCUUUCUGCCUUCCCACCCUCUUUCCUCUUGUGUAGCUCCCCUCUCCUUGCUAAGAAGCGGAGGAUAUCAGGAGAAACGGUGAACGUAUCUUGUGGGAGCCCAGCUCUCCAGCUUCGGAGUGAUAACUGCGGCUUGGGUUGAACACUGACGGAGACUGAUAAUAAAGUUAAUUGUUACCCAGCUCUGGGCUGUGAGCUA